GGAGCUGUUUCCAGUUUGGGUGGGAAACCUGAAUUUCCCAGUAACAGACUCCAUGCUUGCAAACCUGUUUAACAAGGUCGGGGUCGUCUAUAGCGUCAAGGUUUUGACUGCCAAACGAUGUGCCUUUGUUAACUAUACAAAACAAGAACAUUGUGAUGAAGCAAUUCGACGUUUUCAUGGCUUUGAGCUGAAUCACAACAAGCUCGCUGUCAGGUAUCCGGACAGGAUUCCUGCAGGCUUGGGUAUUUCCAGAUCUGCCCUGAGAGCUGAUGACCUGCCAGAUUAGAACGUGAGGCAUAACGAGAACAGCCAAAGGACAGUACGUCCUUAGAAACCCAUCCCCGACCACAGAGGGGACUACUGAAUGAAGACCCAGCUGCUACUUGGCCUGAAUGUUAUUUUCAAUAAAUACUUCUCGUCCAGUACAGACUAAUCAACAGUAUCUACAGGUUCUCCUGAUGUAAUAGCUUUAUGUAAAAUUACCUAGUAAGUUAUAUCUGAAAAUAUUGUGUUAUUGUAAGGUGAUGAAUCCAGAUGUUAACAAAAGCUUCAUGUUGCCAAAAUUUUCAGUCUGACAAUUACAUGGAAGGGUUGGGUAUGUAUUUUAAAUGUUAGUAUUCAGAAAAAAACAGUAUAUAAUUUACAUAUUUGUUUAUUUAAAGUCUGCGGAUUAGUCUAAGACUGCAGAGCAGGCUUACAGCUAAGCACACCAGU